AUGGACACCUUGGAUCAGUUCAAGAACCGAAGGCGCGUGGGUUCGGAAGGACAACUCAGGGGUAUUGGAAUCCAUUUGGGAUCGGCUAGCAAAGAGAAACUAAGAGACACAGGACCCACCGGAUUGGCAAAAGCUCAAAGCCAAGUGGGGAUGGGAUCGGCUAAGAGAGAGAAACCAAGAGGUAUGGGACCCGCCGGAUUGGCAAAAGCUCAGCGCCAAGCGCACCUGGGGAUGAGAUCGGCCAGGAGAGAGAAAUUAAGAGACAUGGGAUCCACCGAAUUAGCAAAAGCUCAAAGCCAAGCGCACCUGGGGAUAGGAUUGGCCAGGAGAGGGAAACUAAGAGACAUGGGACCUACCGGAUUGGCAAAAGCUCAAAGCCAAGCGGGGAUGGGAUCGGCCAGGAGAAAGAAACCAAGAGACAUGAGACCUACCAAAUUAGCAAAAGCUCAUAGCCAGGCGCACUUGGGGAUGAGAUCGGCAAAGAGAGAGAAACUAAGAGACAUGGGACCCACCGGAUUAGCAAAAGCUCAAAUCCAAGUGCAAUUGGGGAUGGGAUCGGCCAGGAGAGAGAAACCAAGAGGUAUGGGGCCCGUUGGAUUAGCAAAAGCUCAAACCAAGUGCACCCCAACUGGGGUUGAUUAG